CUUGUGCCAUAUGGCUGACUGAUCGUUAGCGGGAGGGAAAGUGAGUGAGAUGUUUAAAAGCCAGGCGGGGCUCCGAACCACCAAUGUCUGCUCGCUCGGUUUUAAUUAAUGUUUAUAUAGAUUACAGAUAGUGAGGGAUUAGGUUUGUAUACUCGAGACAGAAUUUAUCUAGAUAUUUUUUGUUGUAAGACUGUAUUAAAGGUUUUUAAAACUGGGUUAAGAUGGGGCGAAGCUAGUGCUUGAGCGAAACUUGAGAAUUAUCACGUACGGGAUUGUGUUAUAGUCAGAUGGACGUACCGAACGCCGGUUGAACGUGACUACUGGCAGGUCCUGGUUUUGCGCUGGUCGUCUCAAUAACAAGCCUGGAAACAGUAGUUUUUGAACCCACUGAAAACGUCAGCUGUUCGAUGAAACUGACUAGGUCACAAGGAGAUGGAAUUAGCAAGCUCUACAGCCCGCAGGUGUUCGUAUUUCUUUCGCACAAAAAGCAUUCUGAUACUCUGGAUGUUACUGAUGGCUGUCGUUUUCUGGACUACUUACUUUCACUAUAAAUAUGAUCCUAAGUAUUAUUAUUUGCGGGAAAUGUUGGGGUCGUCACUGUAUUUGUCAAGAGGCACAGCAUCCAUGUUGAACAUCAGUUGUUGUGUCGUGGUGCUACCUAUGUGCAGAGGACUGGGUUAUCUUCUGCUCUCGCUUGCUGGCGAGCAUUCAUGCUCCUUAAUUCGUUGCUGGAUCAACGAAAGUAAAAAAAUUCACAUCAUAUGUGCUGUUACUAUAGUUGUCGCAUCAAUCCUUCAUUCUAUCUCGCACGUGAUUAACGCUCAAAACUUCUCUCAUCAUUAUAACUAUCAUUUCAAGGAUGUGAAUGUGGCCAAUUUUUGUGGAGAGGACCCUUUGUUUACAGUUCUAGGAACAGUUCCUGGUGUGACGGGUGUUGCAAUGGUACUAGUCCUGUGUUUAUUGUGUUCAUCCUCAAUGUCGUACGUCAGGGAAACUUGCUACGAUGCAUUUUGGUAUACCCACCGAUUGUUUAUAGUCUUCUUAGUAUUGUUGGUUCUCCAUCCUAUCAGUGGAGUGCUGAAAGAACAGAGUAAUAUUGACCAUCACAUUCCUGGAUGCAGAAUGGACAAUCUCACCCACACUGACUCUAAAACGGCCCACCUAGAGCGAUUACACGAAUAUUUUGAUGAAUGCGUUGUUCAACCUAAGUUUAUCCCUCAGAACACUCAGACAUGGAAGUGGGUGGUUUCCGGAUUAGUUGUUUAUGUUAUAGACUUCACCUACAGAUUAAUACGUCGUAGAUCGACAUCUGGUGUGGCAGCAGUGAACAACAGCCAAGCGUCGGUGUUGGAAUUAACACUGGAGACAAAAACCAGGUUCUCCUUUCGGCCCGGCCAGUAUGUCCUUCUAAAUUGUCCCAAAGUGUCAUUAUUGGAAUGGCAUCCGUUCACAGUCACCUCGUGUGCAACGGCAGAUCAAGCCAAGUUUACGCUUCAUCUCAGGACGAACGGAGAUUGGUCACUAUUCGACCAAUCAGAACAGACUUCCACAUUCAAAGUACCAUACACGGCGACAAGACUUUACAUUGAUGGGCCUUUCUGCAGUCCUUCAGAAGGUGUACUCCACCACAGGGUCAGUAUAUGUGUGGCUGGUGGUAUAGGUGUCACACCAUUUGCCUCGUUCCUCAAUUAUAUAAGAGUAAGGACGAGAAAUUUAGAUAAGUUAGCUGUUAAACGUUUUCAUCUCUUAUGGCUUUGUCGAGAGAUGCAGUCCUUCCUGUGUUUUACUGAUCUUCUGACUUGUAUCCAGAACCAGAUGUGGGAAGAAAAUCGCCCAGAUUUUAUAGACAUUCAGUUGUACCUUACACGUCAAUAUAGACAAGAACAACUACAGAAUAUUUUAAGGGCUUGUCCUGGUCUGGUGUACAAGGUUCAAUUUGGGCGACCUGACUGGCCCUGUCUGUUCAGAGAAUGGGAAGAACUAUAUAGAGGCAAACUUCAUUGUUCCUUACUUGGAAACUCUAGCUGUUUGAAAUGGAGAAAAUAUGACUGCACAAGACAAAGACAUAGAAUCAGGAUAAUGAUGACUUACUCGCUAGAAACAUUCAUUCUAACUUAUCAGUGUUACCUUAGAAUUAAAGUCCCAAAUAUGACAUUCCAUGGUCAUACAUUACAUAUGUUAAUGGUCAUUUCCAUUAUACAUAUUCAAGGGAGAUAAGCCCCAACUUCUAAGAAUCUCUGUUCCACUCCUUGAAAUAAAUAUAGUGUAACUUCAUGAGGCCAUGGCACAGAAACAUUGUAAAGAAAGUUUAAACUAUAUUGAACAAUUGUUAUGGUAUGUAACCUUUGACUAAGCUAGAGGAUUAGCAGAAUUUUACAACCUUCCUACAUCCUGUUUACAAGGACACCAACUAGCAAAUGAAAACAUCUGCAUGAAAAAUUUGCUUGAAUAUAUGCAAGAUAUAUUCUUCAUAGUUAAGAGGGGAUAAAUAAACAAUAUUUUCAACAGCAAUGCUGGAUGUUACUUCUAUUCUGGAUGUGGCCCAAAAAUGUCAAUUGGAAAACAUUCUAAUAACUCCAUACAGUUAUUGAUCAAUCAGUGUUAAGAGUCUUAACUAAAUUUUAAUAAGAGUUCUCAUGAACUAUUUCUUAACAAUAUUUGUCUUCUUCUAACAUUUGAUUGUGACUUUUUAUUUGUUCACUAACUUAAUUGCAUGAUCAUGUUCUGCUAGCUCCAUUUUCAUUUACUUGUAAAAGUGAGAAAACAAAUAAAAGUGAAGUAAAGUAGAAUAUGAAAAAGUAAAAACUACCUAUUUAGUAAUUAUUGUACUUUACUCGAUUAUUAUAAUUAAACAACAGAUAUUGAUACAUGUAAAAACAACUUCACAUAAUAAAUUAAUCAGUAAGCUUCU